CAUGUGAAAUAUUUAAUAAAUCUUUAAUCUUGAAAAAAAAAAUUGUCUGCAUUGAAAGCAUUUAGCUAUUGAAUACUUAAUUGAAGAACAAAGAGAAGCUCACGAUUUAGACACUUUGAAUAGUUCCCCCGAAAAUCGACAGUCUACAAACAAUUUUAGAGAAGAUGGAGUCACCGAUAUAACAGACUCGGAGAAUUAUUUACUCACGGAAAUAGAAGAAACAGAAUUAUGGCAUUUAAAGGAUUCCAAAAAGAAUGAAUGUUUAGAGGAACGCCUCAAAUAUAAACCCAACAGCAUCGAUGAUCCGGAAAAGGAAUUAUCACGAAUGGCUCCAGAAAUAGGUAAGCAAAGUGCUACCAACGCAUGUGGAGCAUCUUCUAUGAUUAUUUGCGAAUACUGCAGUAAACCAUUAAAGGGAAAUCAAUACAAGCGACAUAUAUCUCGGUUUCACUCCAAAAAUGAACAAAUAAUGCUUAGUUACGCAUGCCCGUCUACCUUUGAAGAUGCAGUUGGAUUGAAGAGGCACGAAGAGACCCAUCAGGCGAAUAGAAAGAGGUCUAUAAGUUGCAACGAGUGCCAGCGAAAAUUUUUUACUCAACAUGCAUACAAAACCCAUAUUAAAACUCAUGAAGAAAACCGGGAACCCCAAUUCAAAUGUGACCAGUGCGAAAAAACUUUCUUUUACAAAGGCGGUCUAAAGCUUCAUAAACAAUGUCAUACUGGGCUUUCGUUGAAAUGUAAAGUUUGCUCAAAGCAGUAUCCGCGGCCUGUUGAUCUUGAAAUCCAUCUAAGAAGUCAUUCUGGUGAACUACCAUACAAGUGUCCGAAAUGCAACAAAUGUUUCAAGUAUGUUCAUGUUUUGAAUAAGCACGUCCGGCAUCAUGAAGGUCAUCGUUAUAAAUGCAACUUGUGUGGAAAAGAGUACGCUCAUCAAUCAACAAUGCUACAGCAUCGUAAAGAGCACACAGGCUUACCGUUGCGAUGCUCUAUAUGCGACAAGGGAUUUGUAAAAAAAUCAAAGAUGCGACGCCAUAUCGGCGGUGUUCAUAAAGUGACGGAUGUCGAGGAAAUCGAUCAGCUUAUUGUAAAAGUAAAAACAAAAAGCAUUUACCGGGGACGUGUAACGGAGAUAUAAUCAUUAAUAAUAAGA